ACCUGGAGCCAACACCUGACCCGACAGGAGGAACGAUGAAUCCACUUCUCUGCUGCCUGGGCAUUGUUGCUCUCCUCAGGUCCAGCCUGGCCUGCCCCAGGACCUGUGCUUGCUCCAUAAAGAAGAAUGGACGUCUGCUGGCAGAAUGUGCCUACAAGGAUCUGCAGGAGGUGCCAGAGGGUCUGUUGCCCAGCGUGACGAUCCUCACCCUAUCGGCCAACAGGAUCAGCUCGCUCUGGGAGAACUCCUUCUCUGAGGUUCCUGAAGUGCAGUCGCUGUGGCUGGGCUACAACCAGAUAAGCUCCAUCGAGGCGGGCACUUUUGCACAGUUGGUGCAUUUGAAGAACCUGGACCUGAGCCACAACAAGAUCGUGGAUUUCCCUUGGAAAGAUCUCCGCAACCUCAGCGACCUGCAGAUCUUGAAGAUGAACAACAACCGCCUGGCUGGGCUGCCCCGGGACGCAUUCUACUCCCUGAAGGACCUGCGGUCCCUGUGGCUCAAUGACAACGACCUGACCACCCUGGCUGAGGGCACUUUUGACAACCUGCCCUCCUUGUCCCAGCUGCAGAUCUUCAAUAACCCCUUCAACUGUUCCUGCAAGGUCUUCUGGCUGAAGAAGUGGACUGAGAACACCUCUGUCUCCAUCACCAAGGGAGGGUCUAUCCUGUGCGUGGCUCCCAGCAGGCUCAAAGGGAGGGCUGUGACAGACAUCCCUGACCACUACUGCAUCGCCCCUUCUGUGCAGCUCACCUACCUCUCCAAUCUGGACAACACCGUCAUGUACGAUGGCCUUACCCUCACUCUGCACUGCAGCGUGGCAGGCAAUCCUCCACCAGAGAUCAGGUGGAAGAUCCAGACCUCCAGCCGGAGCAUUGAGAUCAACGGGCCCAACGUGGCAAGAGAUGGAAACAUCCUGCCUCCUGGGCGUGCCAAGCAGAGCCAAGAGCACUUCUUGGUCUUCAAGAAUGGCACCAUGGCCAUCCCCAACUUCAGCAAGGAAGAUGAAGGCAUCUAUACCUGCCUAGCUGUCAAUGAUGUGGGCAUGCGGGAUGUCUCAGUCAAUGUGGCCUUGGCUGGGUCAGAGAAUCCAGCUGAUGACCUGCUCCGAAACGCCCCCCAGGCCAGCCAUCUGGGAGGCCGGAGCUGCUACAAGGGGGAUGAAUUGGAUCCCUCUGGUGCUGGAGAAAAGCUGGUGAUUGUUUACCACGUGCCAAGGGAGUCCAAGAGCAAGGCUGGAGGAGUGGUGCCUCAAGUCUGGCUAGGGACCCUCCUGCUGACUUUGGGCAUCGCUCUCUAUUGUUAAAGGAAGGAGGAGGAAAAAGCACCUUGGGUCUUCCCUCUUUCUGUAUCAUUUAUCUUCACGUAGUGCCAUGCGUUUGCUGAGCUUCUGGGAACUGCAGGAGGUCAGGAGCCAAAGGGGAUCUGAGACUCAAGCCCAGGGCUGGUAUUUCAACCCUUCGUUAGAUAGGAAUCAGGGCUGGGCUCCGUUAGUCAAGAGCGUCAAACAAGCUAGAGUGAAAUCAGAUCUGGGGGCAGAUCUUCACCAUGCCUGCCUCCUUCCAGGUGUUCAAAUCUGCCACCUACUGACUUAACUCCCCUCUAAGUCCGAAGCACGGCUGCAGGAAAAAAGGCCACCCUAAAUGGGGGAAAUGGUACCCAACUUGGGAGCCCAUCUCUACCACCACAAGCCCUCCUCCAUCUGCAGUAGUGCACAGUAGUGAGGGAGGAGAGGAGAUAUCUCACAAAGAGGAUCUCAUCAGUCCAUCGGCACAUAAGGGAAGCAAAGAUCAGAACCCAACAGUGAGCCAGAUGGCCGGACACCUGGUCCCUUUGCUAGCCAGGCACUUAAUGUCCUACUACCAACUUCAUGCUAAACACUAAGAGUGUAAAAGCCAGUCUGAGAUCGGAGAAAUAGCCUUGGUACAGGGUCCUGGGGUCACUAGGCACGUGGCUCUAGGUGGACAGAGAUAACAGCAGUGCUAUGGAAGCAGUACAGGUACUCUGAGGAGGAGCAAAGGCAUGUUGUACCCGGCCACGGGCUCAAAUCAGGCUCUUUUUUCAGAACAGUGGAAGCUUUUCCACUGUUUUCAUCCCAGUAGGAGCACAAACAGCUCCUGCUGGCUGGAUCCUGGGAGCAUCUAAGGUGUCUGCUCCCUCCUCCAGCAUGGAGGCUCUCUGCGCUUUGCAGGAUCAGGCCCUGCCACCCUCUCCCAGACACGGCAUGGCUGAUUCUCACCUCCCUUUUGCCAUUGAAGCCUGCGGUCCAAAAUGCUUGGCUGGGCUGGACCCACUGAGCUCUGGCUCCAAGCCUGCCUCAGAGACUUCAGCAACAGGAGAGGAACUGAGCCCAGAGACCAAAACUGCUUCUCAGUGCUCCUCUCUGAUGGGAAACCGAGCAGGGGCUCAAUGCUGGAGGAGGAGGAACUGCUGUGGGAGGCAGGAAGAAAGAUUGGUAGCUAGAAAGCCAGGAGCACAGAGAGGAUGAGCUGCCCUGUAGCACCAUAAACCCAAUUCUCCUUAGCGCUUUAGCAUUCCCACAUGGGACGUAUAUGCUGUGCCCAUGUGUCCCAGGUGGCAUGGGGGAGCCUGUUGUCUCAUGGGGGAACCUCUGAGCUUCUCCACCCCCCCAACCAUGAGAUGCACAGUCCGACUCUUGCAAAGGGAAGGGCUGCAGGUUCUCCCAUCUCCUGCAGGACGGCUCGUUCCCUGCUGCCUAAUGUACUCGUUCCUCGUGCCUUCUGCUAGUGCUUGUCCUGUAGGAGCUAUACAGAGAUUCCUGCAGCCAGCAUUGCCUUGUAUCCAAAGCUGUAUGGACAUAUCAAAGUACCAAGCACAAUAAAUAGCUUUAA